AUGAGGUUGCUCAACACCGCUAUGCCCAGUUUCGCCGCCACGGGGGUGCUGGCCCGCAUAGAGGAGGCGCUCACGAAGCUGGACGGCCGCGGUCCGAUGGAGCAGGACGUCGGCCACUGCGUCGAGUCGGGCAGCACCACCGCCGCUGCAGCACCGGCGCGCGCGCCCGAGUCUUGGGACCCCAGCCAGCGAAGCAGCAAGGGCUGCCGUGGCACCCGCCGGGCCGCCAGUGCUCGCCGGCCCACCUCGCGCACGCCGCAGGCUACCGCCCACGUGACGCCGUGCGGCGACGACGGCCGGUGCGGCGCGCGCGGGGCCUACGAGGACACGCCGCGCAUCUUCAGCACUGGAAGAGGGCACACCCCGCGGGCGCGCCCGGCCUCGGGCUCCGCCGCGCUGUCGCCGCGGCAGUGCGUCGAGCGGCUGACGGGCCGCGGGACCUGGCGCUGCCCGGAGGUCUGGGCGUGA